AUGGGGGAGGCGGCGCUGUUAUCAGCACUUAAUUCUUUCUUCUCCUCUACAGACCCCACAGCCCAUAGACAAGCGGAUGAAUGGCUGCGUACAUGGCAGCAAUCUGCUGGGGCUUGGGAGUCUGCCCUCCAACUCCUUGAACCCCGUCAACCUCCCUUGAGUGACUUGGUAAUUUCAUUUGCUGCACAAACCCUUCGUACAAAAUGUAACUUUGAUACCCAUCAACUUCCUCAAGAAGCAUUAACUUCUCUUGUUUAUAAAAUUGCUGCUGCUAUUAAAUUACAUCAAUCCAACAAAGUAGCAGUAACGCAGCUAAGUUUAGCUCUUGCUGUUAUUGCAUUACUAGAGGAUAGCCAAUCUCCUUUGCUGCUGCUGCUGCGUGCAUGCGGAUUAGAGUCCCUGCAGCAGCCACAGGAUGCAGCAGAUGCAGAGUUGCUGCUGCUCCUUCUUACGCACUUGGGCGAAGAAGCAACUAGCCGCAGCAGCAGCAGCAGCAGCCGCACAGGAGGGCAGGAGGCCCUAGCUAGUGCUGCACCACAGGUGUUGCAAUUCGUCAUUCAAAUACGACAGAAUGGACCUGAGAACCUUACUCUUAGUGCCUUCGGGUGUAUGCGGGCAUGGGCCCCACUGCUGCAGCGAGCAGCUCCAGAUACACCUGAAUGGUCUCGUGAUUGUGCACUCAUUAUUGAAGAUUGCUUCCUUGUACUGGAGUCGAGCUCGUCAGACGCCGAAGAAAGACAAGCAGCAGCAUCUUGCAUAAAUAAUUUGCUGCGGGCAUGGAGCCGAUCAGGAGCAGCAGCAGCAGCAGCAGCAGCAGCAGCAGCAGCAGCAGGAGGGGAGGAAGCCCAAUCUUUGCUGCAGAUAGCAGUACGGCAUUCAAUAGGACCGCUGCAGCAGCAGAUAGCAGCAGCAGCAGGAACAUCAAAUGGAGACAGUACAGCAGCAGCAGCAGCAGCAGAAGAAGAAGAAGGAAUAGAGAGAUUAAUACAUACAGUGUUUGCAGUUGCUGCUACAUGCCGUGCUGCAGUACCUUUGCUGCUGCAGCAAGCGCAUGCAGAUGGAGGUCUGCAGCAGCUAUUAGAGACCCUUGUUGCUGCAGUAGCUCUCCCUCGUACUCUUGGUCUUGUACAUCGUCCUCAGCAGCAGCAGCAGCAGCAGCAGCAGCAGCAGGAGGAACUAGACGCAGAUAUAGCUUAUAAUUAUGCAGCAGCAGCAAGACUAUCAGGAACAGCAAUUCGUUUCUUUUGUCUAUUACGUUAUGAUAUAGAGGAUGCAGAGCAGCAGCAGCAGCAGCAGCAGCAGGAUACUCAACAGCAGCAGCAACAGCAACAGCAGCAGCAGCAGCAGCAGCUGCAGGUGACGGCAAGAAUGCAGCAAUUGCUGCAGCAACAGCAGCUGCAGCAGCAGCGAAUAGAGCAGCAGCAGCUAUCUGGUGCUGCUGCUGCUGCUGCUGCUGAGGAAAUGUUCGAGCGUCCCCUUGAGGGUCUCCUUGUUGCCUUUGAUUGCACCUUCCCUUACAGCUCACGUGAUGCUUCUGCAGAAUCAAUCCUUGCUGCAGCAAUUGCUGCUGUACAAGCUGUACUUACCCCUUCCCUCCCUCAGACGGAGUCAGGAGUUGCAUGCAAAGUUGCUGCUAUUCGCGUCCUUCGCAGAGCAUAUGCAUCUCUCCAGAGCACGGAUUCCUUGCAAGCUGCUGUAGGACUAUUGGCGUCUCAGCUAUCGUUACCAGCAGCAGCAGCAGCAGCAGGAAGAGGAGAAGCAGCAGCAAGUCUAUUAAGAGAUAAGGCAGCAGCAGCACUAGAGGAUAUAUGCAGAAAAUCUAAGGCAGCAAUACAUCCACAAGUUAUACAACAUCUUGCUGCAAGGUUUAGGUCUUAUUGGUUAGUAUUGGAGGCAGUUUGUUCUCUUGUUAGUCAUGUUGAUGAUGGAGGACUUAUGCUAGGAAUGUUAGAAAGCCUUUGCCGUCCCUCAAUUGCUGCUAUAGAGGAGGCACUUGCUGCAGGGCAGCAGCAGCAGCAGCAGCAGCAGCAGCAGCAACAGCAGCAACAGCAGCCGCUGCAGCCGCAGCAGCUGGCAGCUCUAUGCACUAAGCUCGAUUCCCUCGCUAUUGUACUAAGGAUUUGGGCUUGGAGGGGUUUAGACAGAUUGGUACAUAUACACCCUACAUAUUUAUAUGCAGCAGAAUGGAUGGCGGUUUCCUUUGGUCGUGGAGAGUUACCUGUACAGCAAACCCUAGCAGCAUUAAUUGAAGAAUUAGCUGCUGCAGGGUUCCAGAGGUGGAUCGGAAGAUAG